CGGAGUUGCAAGUCGUGUCUUCAAGCUGGAAGCGCUCAGAGAAGGUUGACAGAAGCUGCCCCAGUCGGCCAGGGACUUUGACGGAUGUUUCCCUCCACUGUGAGACGGAUGCUUGCGAAUUCUACAAAUUGCCGCAUUAGGCCCGGUUUGGGCGCUGGAGAUGUUAAUUAAGGAUAUUGUCAAUGUUGUGAGAGAAUUCGGGAGCGGUUCCGAUCAUACCGGCGCAGGGAUCAGUGUGGCGCAGCCGUUGUGGUUGCUGCCGUCAUCGUUUUUUUCAAAUCUGGUGACUGUUCUCUCAAUCGCCGUCGAAGGAGACCGGCUUUUGGUGUGCCUUGGAGGCGAAGGGACUCAUGUCGGAAUGGGCUGAGUGCUCGUUUGGGGUGGUUAUUGGUACCUGAGUUACUCGAGUUGGGUUUAGCAAUCACUUACUAUCUGUGGAAGAAUUGGACAGGUUCUUCUCGUGCGCUUUCCGCUGCACAGCUGUGUAUGGUCGCAGUGGCGAAGCUCCACGAACGUCCUGAAUUGUUUAAUUUUGUGAAACAAGCCCAUAUAGGGCGUUGGGAAUAUCUUGAAUUGUCGUGUAUGAGUAGCGAUGGAGAUUGUACGCAGUGGAAUGCCAGGUUUAUCUAGAUGUACAAUUGAGGACCUUUAGAAUGUGAAUUCGUGUAGUUUGGGAGCAGGGAGUACUAGGGUGGACGCGAAUUCUCUAGCAAUAGCUACACGGGGUAGCAGCAACAUCUCGAAUUCCCGGUAGAUUCAAAGGAGUGUCUGGGACGAAUUGCACGCGGGACGUAACCCCGAGGCGUUUCGGAUCGGCAUGAUUUUGGGAGCUUAAGAUGGGUAAUUGCUGUAAGAAGAGCUCGGUAGCAGAGGAGGUGACAAGAAAGUACAAAGCCCCGGAGCAAUGGAUUACGAAGAAUGAGCCGAGCGCGCAGACGCACCAGCAAAAACCUCAGAAUGGGGCCACUCAUACAAAACCUCGAAGUCGGAAGCCGCCGCCGGGGGUAGUGCAUAGUCGGAAUCGCUCCAAAAAAGUUGAGAAACUCGCAGAAUCUAAGCAACCAGAACCCUGGAAAUCUCCUCCAGAGUCCACUGCUGACCGUAAAAAGAAGCCCCGCGUCAGAGCUGCCAUCAAUGGGAAAGACAACAAAGAGAUGGCACCGCUGGGGAAGAGGACAAACUUCGGCUAUGGAAGAGAUUUCAAGAGCAAGUACACUCUCGGCAAGCUGCUCGGCCAUGGCCAAUUUGGGUACACUUAUGUCGCCAUUGAAAAAUCUACAGGCAGCAGGGUGGCUGUGAAGACGAUAGAGAAGAAGCAGAUGACUCUUCCCAUAUCGGUCGAGGACGUUAAACGAGAGGUCAAGAUCCUUCGCACUCUCUCAGGUCAUGAGAAUGUCGUCCAAUUCUACGCAUCGUUUGAGGAUGACGACCUUGUUUACAUCGUCAUGGAAUUGUGUGAAGGAGGCGAGCUUCUUGAUCGAAUCCUUGCCAAGAAGGAUAGUCGAUACAGUGAGAAGGACGCCGCGAAGAUUGUCAGGCAGAUGUUAAAUGUUGCCGCUCGAUGUCAUCUCAACGGAGUGGUUCACCGUGACAUGAAGCCUGAGAACUUCUUAUUCAAGUCAACCAGUGAAGACUCGCCUCUGAAAGCUACAGAUUUCGGACUCUCCGAUUACAUCAGGCCAGGAAAUCGAUUCCAUGACGUAGUCGGAAGCGCGUACUACGUGGCUCCAGAAGUUUUGAAGAAAAAAUCAGGUCCUGAAUCUGAUGUGUGGAGUAUUGGUGUAAUAACAUACAUUUUGCUCUGUGGACGGCGACCUUUCUGGGACAAAACUGAGAAGGGAAUCUUUGAUGAGGUUUUGAAGAAGAACCCAGACUAUGGGGAGAAGCCGUGGCCAACUAUCAGUUCUAGUGCCAAAGACUUCGUUAAAAAGCUGCUAGUGAAGGAUCCCGCCGCAAGACUGACGGCAGCUCAAGCAUUGUCUCAUCCCUGGGCAAAAGAAGGAGGGGAUGCCUUGGACAUUCCGUUGGACAUCUCGGUGUUAUCCAACAUGCGGGAGUUUGUAAAAUACAGCCGUCUGAAGCAACUCGCUCUUAGGGCUCUGGCGAGUACUCUUGAUAGCUCGGAUAUUGCGGAUUUGCAAGAUCAAUUCAAUGCUAUUGACAUCGAUAGGAAUGGCAAAAUAACGCUUGAGGAGAUGAGAGAGGCUUUACAAAAAGAUCGACCCUGGUCAAUACAGGAGUCGCGUAUUGUGGAGAUCCUGCAAGCGAUGGACAGUAAUAGUGACGGCUUGGUGGACUUCGACGAAUUUGUUGCUGCCACUUUGCACGUGCACCAAUUGGAGGAGACCGACUCUGAGAAAUGGCAGAGCCGCUCACAAGCUGCUUUUAGUCAAUUCGACUUCGACGGCGACGGCUACAUCACCGCGGAUGAGCUGAAGAUUGCCACAGGACUGAAUGGAUCGAUGGAUAGCAUACUGGUUGAAGCUGAUAUUGACGGUGAUGGCAAGAUCAGUCUAUCUGAGUUUCAAAAGUUGCUACGCCAAGCCAGUCUUGGCUCACGGACCAACGAACAUCAUACCCUUGUCACGCACAAUCAUAGGAAAUGUUAAACACAUCAUCAUCGUGUUGCUUCUUGACGAGGCUGAACGACUGCAUUCUCUUGAGGUGACAACGAUGAUCUCGCAAGCCCACUGCCUCACUGUCCUUGAUCGCCAAUCUUAGAGUAUUGCAUCACUGCAGAGGUUUCUCCUACUCCUGAUAGUUGUCUUCGGGGAGGAUUUUUUUUUGGGUCCUGUUUGAGAAGCAUCGAGGCUCUAGUGCCAUGAAACGGCACACGAUUCUUUUUGUUCCAUGUGCUGCAAGGCAGUGCCAGAAUUGUAGCUACAUGAUGAACAUGAGUUAGGUUCUCACAGAAAGGUAUGCCACACACACUGGAGCAUAGGCCAUGCUUGUGCUACUGGAUGCCUUUGUAUCAUGGUUCGCACUCAUUUGAUUGCGGAGAGCAGCGUGCAGCAAGUAAUGGUGCAUGCCUGAUGAAUAGGUAGGAUCAUUCUUUCAAUUUGUCAUGUUAAAUCACACGGUUUAUGUCUCUGCAGAGUUUGUUUUGAGAGUGUCAUCAAUCCUCAUUGGAACCUUAAACCUGUUAAUACCUUUCAUGUCCCAAUCCUCUUAAGUUUACGAGUUAACGGCGUAGACUUUGGGAGUGACAUUUAUGUAUAUCCCGAAUCCUAAUUGUAGUUAGCAUAUCAACGUAGAAUUCAGGGCACAGUGCUGUAUUCGUGGACCAGGUAAUGGUUCAAUAGGUGAUACUGAAGCAAAGUCUGAACAUGUGGCUUAAAAGCUUUAUUUAUUGUAACUUAUUAUCACAACGAUGACUUUUUAUCCUGAUGGAGUUUUGCUCGCA